AUGACGGCGGACGGCAGCGAGCAUGCGCGCCGCCGUGACCCCGGCCGGGGCACCCAGGCCCUCACACAUUGGGCUACCGCGUCCUUUUGGGAGAGCCGCAUCGCUCACCGGUGUUUUCAUCGCAGCCAAACCCCCAAGACCACCUACAUCUGCGCCUACACCGGGCACGGUCAGCUCGUCGAGAUCCGCGCCGUCCAGCGCACCUUUGAGGGUGCCUACAUGCGUACCGCACUCUCGCAGUUCUCAUUCGCCCUCAUCAUCCUCAAAAUCUUCACGUCCGAGUUUUACGCCAUUGGCGCCCUGUUCGCCGUCUACGGCGCCGCCGUCAUGCUCGUCGCCAUCUUCCGCCGCCAUGAGGGCAACCGCCAGUUCUUCACGUCUCCGGAGGCGGACGCCCACGGCGCCGUCUCCGUCGUCCGCAAGUUCCGCACCUCUGGCAACAGCGUCGCACUGCUCACGGUGCUGAGUCUCGCUGCGUACGUCACGCUGCUGGUCCUCACGUGGCAGCUGGUCCAGUGA